AAUUACCUCAGUCAGGAGCGCGUGACUUGAUGAAAAUUUACCCAGCGAACGACACGAGUGAAUGAUCUGUCAAACGUGGGUAUAGUACCUGCCAUUCACAUGAUCAGUAUGGCUACCCUCCGAGCCCCCAAGUCCGGACUAGCCAGGGACGAGGAAAGAAAGAUAGAUGCCACAUUCGACUGCCGGGAGGCCCAGAAGUGUUUAGAGUGGAUACAGACGUUAACUGGCAUGGACCUCAAGAUCGAAUGUCACGAAGAUAAAAAACUUAUGAUGAACUUCUUCUAUAACGUGCUUAAAGAUGGAACCGUCCUGUGCAGAUUUAUGGAUACACUCAUGCCAGAUGACCGGAAACUAGACUUUUCCACCAAAGCAUUCCAACCCACGAACACUGUAGCUUUUGCCUCUGCUCGCUCCCGGGAAAGAAUUGGGAUAUUUCUGGAAAAGGUUCGGGAAUAUGGAAUUACGUGUACAAGUUCAUUUCAAACGGACUAUCUAUAUGAAAAGACCAACCUCGUCCAAGUGUGUACGUGUAUCAGGGCUAUUGGGAUCCAGGCACAAACAAGAGAAGACUACAGUGGGCCGUAUAUCUGGCCAAAGAAAGCCAAGGAAAACAAGCGGGAAUUUACCCAAGAACAGCUUCAGGCGAGCAAACAGACCAUUAGUCUCCAGUACGGUACAAACAUCGGCGCCUCCCAGGCUGGUCUCAGCUUCGGAAAACAGAGGAUGAUAAUAGACUGACCUUGAUGUGUGACCUUGUAUGUGACCCUAGCACAUGACCUUUGCAUGAAACCAUGUCAUGACAUUCUUGUUUAACCGUGAGGCGUGACCAUUGUGUGAUAAUUGGCUCGUGUAAUUGGAGUUCAACAUCAACACAAAGCAUGCAUGCGAUCUUGACAUGUUUCUUUGGCAAAUGACCUUAGUACGUGACCUCUGUGUGUAACCUCGACACAUAACCGUUGUGUAUGACCUUGAUAUGUAAAUUUAGUACACAAUAGACAAUGUUAAUUGCCGGCUGUGGAGCGAUAACCAGUUGUUUGACCUUUGUGUAUGACCUUGAAAAAUUACCUUAGGAUUGUGUAACAUUCCAUAACCAAAUAUGUAUUUGACCUUGAAUUAACCGUUUAAGGUCAGCUGUAUUGAUGAAGGAUAUAAGUUUGUCAUUGGGACCAAAUUGCGACAGUGUUGGUAAUAUUUGCCCUGGCAACGCUGCAAGUAGUUUAUUUUCGGAUUUCAAGCCUAAUCGGAUUUCUUUCAUGUAAAUCAAGCAUCUUGCAGUUUCUAUAAAACAAACCCAAUUCAGACUAACGAAAGUCGGGACUACUUUUCAUCCAGAAAUAUCGUUAUUUCCAUUAUUGUCAGAAUCCAAAGUACUUGGUUCUACCUUAUAUCAACUGCCUUGAUACACUUUCUAUUUCAAUAGCUACUAAUAAUGGACUCAUAAAACCAUUUCUAGCCUUUUCUCAUUCCCGUUGUCUUCGAAUCCCGUCUUUCCGUCAAAUCUAUUUUUAGUCUCGGUUGUUUCCGUCAUAUAUCUAGUAGUUUCCCGACUGUCGUAAGCGUACAUGUGUAAGUGUAAAAAUUGACCAAUCAAAUGUAAGCUUAUGACGUUGUAUGGCGCUGCUUAUUAAAAAAAACUUUGAUGUUGUAUGACGUCAUUCAGUGAUUUUUUUUUUGCUAUAGCCAUAAAAGUAUGAAUCGCUUUGCUGACUUGUUUUCUUGUUUUAAAAUCAGUCAACCAAUUCAAACAAGCAAGCGAAAAUAGUAUUAUUGUAUUUUUAGCACAUUAUAUGUAAUUUUCAUAACAUGCACCAAAAAAAGUCCCACAAUGAAUGUGGAUGGAUUGUGACUUAAUAAUCCCAAUCACCCCUAAAGUCACAUUUGAACCUUACCAAAUGAAAGACUGGGCAAGUCCAGUUUCAAUAUGUAGGGAUGAAUGAGUUAAAGAAACAUUUUCUAAUCCAUACAAAGUGAUAAAAAGAAAUGCUUCAACUUUAAAACACAGACAUCAAUAAUAGCAAGUUCCUUAACUAUUAAGGUUCCCUAUCCCACUGCACUGUGGGUUUUUUUUGUUUUUUUUUUGUUUUUUGUUCAUAGAGUAAUUUCCCCUUUGUUUCGUUUUGGGUAACGCUGUAGCACAGGUGAGCCCAAUUGGGAGCCGUCGCCACUUUACGUAAACGAGAGUAUUUUCUCGUUUACGGAAAGUGCCGACGGUUCCCGAUUGAGUUGUGUCAGGACACUUCCGCUUACCAGGGCCGCUUUUGUUUAUCGCGAUCCAAACGGUUAAAUCGGUUGGACCAGAGUUGUUCAAUUAUAAAAAAUAAAGUCGGACCUAGUAAUCUGAUACUGCUUUCAGACGAGCCCUGACAAAGCCCGAAAAUGUUACUUUUUAAAAACAGACAAGCUGGUUGUUCCGCUUAAAGAAACCGGCCCCAGAUAUUUCAGCGGGUUAGAGUGCUAGUAUAGCAGCAAUCUAAAGUUCAGGGUUCGAGUCCCAAUCUAGCACUGUAGAAUUUUUACACUCGGGAAAACUGUUGUUGAUUAUGUAUCGUUCAUUUAAUAUGUGUUUAUUUUUACAUUUUUUUUCCUCAUAAAAGUCACAUAAGAUCAUUCAGUCAUAUUAUAAAUAAAUACAAAGUAUGAUAAUUGGACCAUUUUAAAUAUUAACAUCGGAAAAUCAAAUGGGUCAGCUCAGCAAUCUAUGCCUGUACUAGCCGAAUGGGUCCUAAUGAUAUAUUUAUUUGUAUUUUUAUAAAUGAUAAUUAUAUUAUCACAAUAUCUGGUGCUUAUGGUUUAGAAACCAAGGACGUGUAUAUCUUGUUUCCAUUAUCAUUCUAUGUUGAAAAAUUAUCUUAAGGUAAAGGGUACCACUGCAUCUGUUUAAAUCAUGAAGAAGAGUUCCAAUCAGAGUUUUUUUUCUCCCUUCGGAAAAGAAGUUGAAGCAACGAAAAUAAGAUUUGCUGGCCUAGAGUUACUGCCCCUGUUGAGUUUUGUGUAGGCUUUGUAAUAUAAAGGUCCAGUGUUCGACUCCUGCAGUGUUUCCGUUUUCUUUUUCUAUUUCUAUUUCAAAAAUUCAAGUUUGAUUAUUUAUUUUGAAUAAGACAAAAAGUGAAAAUGAAAAUAUUUCAGUUUAACUUGUUAAUACCCAAUACCUUCAGAUUUACUAAACCAAACCCAAGGUUGAUUUUUAGAGAGAAAAAAGCUAAGUUGAAAACGUAGUUGCAUGUCAUUAUCAUUAUGAAGUUUGAUACAGUUAAAUCCAAAAGACAGCGUGAAGAAUUUUAAAGAGUGUGCUGUAUGUUUAGAAUGUGAGAGUUUCAGUGAUCGAAAUGAUUUUUAUUGUAUGUUGAUGUCAAAUUUCAUUAUUUAUACAUUAUUUGAUAGUAAAUGCUACUCAUGUAGGAUCAUGCUUUAAGU